CGUCCACAGAACGGGGCGGUCGCACUCUAGAGACGUCAUCAGCCAGCGUCCCGGAAGCGUGAAUGGGUCAUGUGAAGCAGAGAUAGUUCUACUUGUUGUGAAAGUGAGUGGUGCAGCAGUCUUUUAGCUUGAGAUGCACCACUUGCCGUCAGAAACCAUCCGAUUACUAUCCAGCUCCCAGGUGAUUACUUCUGUAGUCAGUGUGGUUAAGGAGCUUGUGGAGAAUGCCUUGGAUGCUAAUGCUAACAGCAUUGAAAUAAAACUAGAGAACUUUGGAUUUGACAAGAUCGAGGUUCAGGACAAUGGGGAUGGAAUUAAAGCAGCAGAUGCUCCUGUUAUGGGCAUCAAACACUACACCUCCAAAAUUACUAAUCACGACGACUUGGAAGCUUUGGAGACCUAUGGAUUUCGUGGGGAAGCUUUGGGUUCGAUCUGCUCUGUAGCAGAGGUGCAUAUGACAACCAAGACUGCUGCCGAUGAGAUCAGCACCCAGUAUGUUUUGGAUAACAGUGGACAUGUUGUAUCUCAGAAGCCAUCACACCUUGGACAGGGAACUACAGUCACAGUCUUACAUUUGUUCAAGAACUUGCCAGUAAGAAAACAAUAUUUUUCCACCACCAAGAAAUGUAAAGCAGAGCUCAAACAAGUUCAAGACCUUCUAAUGGCAUAUGGAAUUAUUAAACCAGGCCUUAGGAUUGUGCUUGUACACAAUAAGGUGGUUAUAUGGCAGAAGAACAAAGUAUCAGAUCACAAAAUGGCACUAAUGUCACUUUUGGGGACAACAGUCAUGAACAGUAUGGUUCCUUUCCAACACCAAGAUGAUUCAGAGCAGAUCAGAAUUCAUGGGUUUCUUCCAAAGCGAGAGGCAGACAGCAGUGUGACUGGUUCUUCAAGUUCAGAAAGGAGUUUUAUUUUCAUUAACCAGCGACCAGUUCAUCACAAGGAAAUAUUGAAGAUGGUUCGAUCAUACUAUAGCGAACAUACAACUUCUCGUUCUUAUCCUGUGUUUUUCAUGAAUAUUGUUGUCCCUGCUUCAUUUGUAGAUGUUAAUUUAACUCCAGAUAAAACUCAAGUAAUGUUACAGAAUAAGGAAUCCGUGCUCAGUGCUGUUGAGACUACCCUGAAGUCUGUGUACUCCAAUCCAGUACUCAAAGAAGUUGACAGUGUCAAUGCACAGUUUACAGAAGCUGAUGUGAACAUUAAAGAUUCUUCAAAAGCAAAUGAUGGCAAUGAUAUGAUUGUUGCAUCUACUGAUCCUUUUGAACGGAAUGCGCACACGCAUUUAAAUAAUAGUGAUGGGAAACUGGAAAACGAGACGGAAGCCCUUAUAACAGAUCCAUCAGCCAACAGUGGUAUUUGGCAUAACCAUAACAGACCGCAGCAUUCCAGCACAGAACAUGUUAAAGAUGAUGAAGCGGACAGGGAAUUUGAAUGCAAUACUGCUGGAAAACCCACAGAAUAUGAGAACACCAUGUCAAAUAAUAGCCUGGAAACGUCUGAUGAUAAUUGGAGUAAAGGGACUGCUUUUAAAAAUUCGAAAGGCAAAAACCUACAACCUGUUACAAUAUUGUGCUCUUCAAGUGACACAAACACCAACAAAAGCUGUGAAGAAACUGGUUUAAUCAAGGGCCCCAAAGAUCCCGAAAAGAAAUCUACAAAUGUAAUCUCUGAGAAAUCUGGGUUCAUAACUGCUUUUGAUUUGAUGAGUAACAGGGUUAUAAAAAAACCCAUGUCUGCAAGGGAUAUUUUCACCCAAGAAUACCGAAUUAAUUAUCUUAAGGACACGCCAAAAAUUGGAUUUGAUGACAUUUCUACGGAAAUGUUGGAUCUUUGGGAACAACUCGGUGAAGAGGAAAAACUUCAAUAUGAGGAAAAAGCAGCCAAGGACCUGCAGCGAUACAGGCAGCAGACUGCAAAAGCUACAGAAAAGAAUAUGCAAAAGCCAAAAGAGGCAGAUAAAAGACCGAGGCAGGUUUCAGGCGAAAGCACUGCUCAAAAGAUAAAACGGAAAACGGCACUCUCCAAUCAACAAAUACUGGAUACUUUGUUUAAGUCACAAGUUGAAAAGAAAGCAUCAGCACCUGCUGUUAAAACUAUCCAAAUAUCUUUUAGCCUGAGCAGCCUAAAACAGAAGAAUCUGUGUAGGCUUCCAGGGAAAGAAAUGGAGGAUACAGAAUUUAGCUUAAUAAAUAAAUUGAAUUUUCCUGGUGCUUGGGUUUUGGCGUCUAAGAGAAAAAUAACAUUGAUGAAUCCGUACAGAAUGGAAGAAAUGUUGUUGUAUAAACGACUUGUGGACAAUUAUAAAAUUCCCAUAGAGAUUUUGGACUCUCCAAUUGUAUUAACACAUAGGUUGUUUGGAGAAACUGAUUACCUCUCAAUUCUUUUAGGAAUGCAAAAGGACUAUCCAAAACCAAAUGGACAUAUUUAUUUUUCAGACCCUAGACUUGCCUCUAAUGGGUUUCUAAUUAAAAUGAUACCAGGUUCUGCAGAUAGCCAUGUUGAGGUUGAAGGAAUGGCCAGCAUUUUGCCUUUUUAUGGAAUCUCUGAUCUAAAAGAAAUUCUAAACUUUGUAAUGAAGAAAAAUACAAGAGAACUGCGUGACUGUAGACCUCUUAAAGUUUUAAAUUAUUUAGAGGGUGAAGCUGUAAGACUGGCAAGACAACUACCUUUAACCCUAGCAAAAGAUGAUGUGUAUGACACAUUAAGUCGAAUGAAAAAACAGUUUGGAGAUCAAACUAAAGGAUGCAUCCACGGUCGGCCAUUUUAUUCUCACCUAGCUGAUAUUCCUCAAGAUGAUGAGUAGAAAUAUGGCUGUCAGUAAAUUGUAAUGUACAGAACAAUUAAUAUCUUUGUAAACCUUUUCAUAAUAAAAUUUUUAAAUGAUUUGGCGA